CCUCCCUCAGGCGGGCUGGGGUAUGCGCUGCUGGCGGCGCUGUGGCUGCUGGCGGAGCUGGCCAUGGGCGGCGCGCGCGCUGACGCCGCCGAGGUGGGCCGGCUGCUGCGCGACUGGGUCAGCCUGGCCUGCGUGCUGUGGGCGGGGUUCGGCCCGGGCGCGCUGUCCAGCUACCUGCAGAUGCUGGGGCAGCGCAUCGUGCCGCCCGCCAAGGCGCAGAUGCUGUACAGCACCACGCCCCUGUGGUCGGCUCUGCUGGCGCGGCUUCUGCUGCACGGCUCCGACGGCGCCAUGGGCCCCCUGGCCUGGCUGGGCGGCGGCGUCAUGCUGUCCGCAUCGCUGGGGGCGUCACUGCUGGACAGGAGCGGAGGCGGCGGCGGAGGAGGAGGCGGUGGAGGAGGGGGAGGAGGGGGAGGGGGAGGAGGGGGAGUGGAGGGCAGGGGGAGUGGGGGGAGUUUGGGGGCGGUUGGGGCGGGGGAUGUGCGGGCGGAGAGCCUGGGGUUGGAGGUGCGGGGGGACAAACGCGACCUGUGAGGCGAUGCGGUGAGAGUGCUGGUGCUGGUGCUGGUGGAGCUAGGGGUGGUGCUGUAGGCCCGGCUGGAUGGCAGUACGGUAGCUCAGCUCGGAGCGCUGGGUGUGCGUGCGGCAUGGCGAUGGGGGGGUAGAUGGGAAGUAGAGGUGCGGGCUUGUGCUGAAAGACCACCUGCAGCGGUGGUGGAGCGGGGCAGGGCAGGAGGGACAGGUGCAGCACGGGUCACAGCAGCAGGAGGCACUCCGCUGCAGGUGCUGGAGGGCCCAUGGGGGCCCACACACACUGGGACAGGGGGCAGUGGUGCGACGUGGGCUGUGUGGCGGCUGCAGGGCGGCGAUGUGGCUUGACAGGUCGGGGAGACCACGGCGGCGCGGCUGGGCCUGUGGGAUGCUGCGAGCCGUGCCAACUGGCCACGGCGGUGCGGACGGUUGAGGACCGUUGACGGGUUGAGGGCGUGGUACCAAUGCCCCGGCACCGACUGCCCUGUCCUACCCAGUGUCCCAACCGCUGCCCAAGAGCUUUCAACUUGUUG